UGGUUGAGAGUAAAUGACGGAUUUUUUUCUUCUUCUUUUUCUUUUUACAGACUUCGCCUAAUUCAGUCACACUACAGAUAUGUGAAAGUUAAACACUGAGGAGACAAGAGGAGUCUAAUCAGCGACCCGAAGGUGCUCAAAGAUGGCUCAGCAGCAGAACAACGAAGAAGGGACAACACUGAUUCCUCCGCAAAAAGUUGCUGGAGAACCAAGAAGUUCAAUGAUAUCCGCGUCUUUCAAUUUUAUCAAUUCAAUCAUAGGAUCAGGAAUAAUAGGGUUACCAUAUGCGCUGAACCAGGCAGGGCUCCCCUUUGGCCUCCUGCUUUUGACAGUUGUUGGAUUAAUCACAGACUACUCAAUCAUUUUAUUAAUUAAAGGAGGUAACCUGUCAGGGACGAACAGUUAUCAGUCGCUGGUGCAGAGCACAUUUGGUUUCCCUGGAUUUCUGAUUUUAUCUGGACUGCAGUUCCUUUAUCCUUUCAUUGCUAUGAUCAGCUACAACAUCACAACCGGUGACACAAUGACCAAAGUAUUUCAAAGAAUACCAGGAGUCGGUCCAGGUCACAUACUCGCAGAGCGUCACUUUGUGAUCUUGCUUUCAACCCUCGCAUUCACCCUGCCUCUCUCACUUUAUCGAAACAUAGAGAAACUUGGGAAGGUGUCCCUCCUGUCAAUGGUGCUGACACUUACCAUCCUCAUCAUUGUAAUCAUCAGAGCAACUACCCUUGGACCCCAAAUAAUCCCUUCAGAGAAUGCUUGGGCAUUUGCAAAGUGGAAUGCAAUCCAGGCAGUUGGUGUGAUGUCUUUUGCUUUUAUAUGCCACCACAACAGUUUUCUUAUCUACGGGUCCCUGGAGCAGCCCACGCAAGCUAAUUGGUCUCGAGUCACCCACAUCUCAGUUGGGUCUGCGCUUAUGAUCAGUGCUGCAUUUGCUGUUGCUGGUUAUACCACCUUCACCGGUUACACACAAGGAGACAUAUUUGAGAACUACUGCAGAAAUGAUAACCUGGCAACAUUCGGCCGCUUCUGUUUUGGCUUCAGCAUAAUAACCACAUUUCCACUGGAGUGUUUUGUUACACGAGAGGUGGUCUGCAAUGUCAUUUGCAGACGGGAACUCUCAAACACUGAACAUGUGGUCAUUACUUUGCUCAUAGUUGCAGUCUGCACAUUGAUAUCUUUGGCCUAUGACUGUCUGGGAGUUGUUUUGGAGCUGAAUGGUGUUCUGAGCGCCACACCUCUGAUCUUCAUCAUUCCAUCGGCGUGCUUCCUCAAACUCUCCUCUGGCCGCUGGUUCCAGGGCGAAAACUUGAUGCCUAGCAUCUUGAUAAUAAUUGGCUUAUUUGUCAUGAUCACCGGUUUGAUCAUGACUGGCCUCUACCCUCAAGACUGUUCACAUGGUGUGGAGAUUUUCUACUGCGCAGAUGCCAAUGUCUCUGGCACUGCGCCACCUGUAUGAAAGUAACAUCCACAAAAUAAUUAUUUACAACACACUUAACACACAUAGCAAAAAGGCUAUCUGUACUUUAGGUAGUUUUGAUAAUACAUUUUCAUGGUUUGAAUUUGACUGGUUAGUAACAGUGAAGAGAAAUCUUAUGCUACAGAUUACAGUGAUAUUUAAGACUAUAUUGUGCGUCCAAUAUUGUGGCAGCACUUUGUGGAAGGCCCUUUAUAUGCCAAGUAAUCAUUUUUCCCAGUUUGGUGCAGAAGAACUUGAGCGGCCUUGCCCACACCCCUGACUACAACCUCAACAAAAACACCUUUGAGGUGGACUGGAAUGUCAACUGGGAGCCAGACCUCCCUGCCCUACAUCGGUGCCCGAACUCACCAAUAAUCUUGUGGUUAAACAGAGAGGAGCAUUACAUUGAAUGAUGCCCAGGGUUUUGGAACGAGUUCUUCAUAAAUCAUAUAUCAGUGUAAUGUUGAGGUGUCCAUAUACUUUUGAACAUGUAUUGCAAGUGGAAAUAUUAAAAUUGUGCGUGUGUGUGGUUUUUUUUUAAAGUUAAUAGUCUGUAUUGCUAUUAAUUAUUUUAGAUUACUUGUGUCACACGGUGGGGCGUGGUUUUUCCAUGUCCAGCCACACGAUGUCACUGUAGACAAAAAAAUAUAUAUAUAUAUUAAAAGGAAGUUCAAAACAACAGCGACAAUGCCUUUUAAUGCAGCUUAUUUCACAAUAAAUGAGUGGAACUACUUGUGUUGUUUUUCAAGACAUGGUUAUGUUAGGUCGUUGUUUUAUGUGUUCUUCCCAACAAAUAAACUUGGAAGCGAUACCGUUAUGCCAAAUGCCUCAUCAGGAUCCUGGAGGGAAGGUAAACUGGAUCUGAGAGACGCCCCACUUCUACUGUGUUGCGAUGCAGUGCCUUGGAUGCACAGAGAAAAGUUGGCAGAGUUGUGUCCGGUGUCAGGAGGGAAAUGAUUUAGAUAUGUUCCACUGCACAGUUUAAAGAGGAGAGGAAAAACUGAUAAAGUACACUGGAACGGGUUGCGAUAAAGGCGCAGGAUACGGGAUUUAAGCGGAAUUAUGGAUCAUUUAUUCAAACAAAAUCUGUGUGUAGCAGUCUACAGUAAUCUUUUUUGAAGACUGACGGAAGAUGACAACUGCAUCGAAAGCCAACUACAUUCACGUCCGAGGGAUUUUGUUAAACCAAUGAGUCUAGUCAUGGAUGAUCAUGGAUCCCACCCCCAUCCACGGAGCUCAGGUCUGAGGGUGUCGACCAAAAGCAAGGCACCAUCCCCCCCAAGACUAAAGAAGCUGGAUUCCCCAGGUUUCUC